CCCUACGCUGGUGUGCAUGACGGCUCCGCCCCUUUCGUAUCCGCGUCCCUCAAAUGUGCGCUCGAGAGCAGGCGCACCGUCCCGCUACUCCCCGUCCCCCCAGAGGUGCGCGAGGAAGGGAAACCUCGGCUCCCUUCCACCCACGUGGGGUGACCCAGCCUCCCCUGAGUGGGCGGGGAGCGCGUGCUUCCGGAGGCGCGUGAAAAGACUGCGGCGGCCUUCCCUGUCACGUGACGGGCCGAGCCCAUCAGCUGAUUCCCUCGACUGGAGGGCGGCGGGAGUGAAGUUGCAUGGAAGCGGAAGCCCGGGCAGCGGUUGCGGCGCGCUUUGCCCUUUGCGCCCACGGCGGGUAUGGCUGAAGGGUGGGCCUCGCUCCCCUUUCUGCUGCUCCUCUGCCAUUGUGCCUGCUUGAGGGCAGCCUCUCCGCGGCAAGGAGGGUGGCCUGUGCCAUACAGGCGUUUUGAUUACCGCCCAAAAACCGAUCCUUACUGUCAGGCUCGUUAUACUUUCUGCCCCACUGGCUCUCCCAUUCCAGUGAUGGACGACAAAGAUAUCUUGGAGGUCUACCGCUUGCAGGCACCUGUCUGGGAAUUCAAAUACGGAGAUCUCCUUGGCCAUGUGAAAAUCAUGCACGAUGCUGUUGGUUUCAAGAGUACCAUGUCUGGAAAGAACUACACAAUGGAAUGGUAUGAACUCUUCCAGCUAGGGAAUUGUACAUUUCCACAUCUACGCCAAAACAUGUCUGCACCUUUUUGGUGUAACCAAGGGGCUGCUUGCUUCUAUGAAGGAAUAGAUGAUGCCCACUGGAAGGAGAAUGGGACAUUGAUUCUGGUGACCACAAUCUCAGGAGCUGUAUUUAAUCAAAUGGCAAAAUGGGUGAAAUAUGAUAAUGAAACUGGCAUUUACUAUGAGACAUGGAUGGUGAAAGACAGCCCCGAAGAGCAUGCUAUAGUGUGGUUUGAGUCUUAUGAAUGUUCUAAGUUUGUACUGCGGACAUACCAAAAAUUGGCUGAACUUGGGGCCAUUUUCAAGAAGAUACAAACGAAUUACACCACUAUUACUCUCUUUAGUGGAGAACCCACUUGCUUGGGCAAUGAAACAACUAUAUUUGGACCACAUGGAAACAAAAGACUAGCUGUUGCUAUUAGAGAUUUCUACUAUCCAUUCAAACCUUUCCACACAGUCAAAGAGUUCUUUGUAAGCCUCUUGAGAAUACUGGAUGAAGUAGUUUUGGACCAUCAGUUUUAUCUCUUCUAUAACUUGGAAUAUUGGUUUUUGCCAAUGAGAUAUCCUUUUAUAAAAAUAGCCUAUGAAGAAAUCCCAUUACCUAACUCAAAUGCCACCCUGAUUGGUGUGUAGUUUUAUCUCCGAGUUCCAAAAAC